AUGGCCAAGAAGAAGCUUGCCGUCAUCGGUGGCUCAGUUAUCCUUCUAGUCGCGGCUGCCGCCGUCAUUGCCAUCACUCUUACCGAAUCAAAAUCUAAUGCAAAUUCUUCGACGUCCUCCAGUAAGAACUCUGGCUCAUUCAAGACCUCAGUGAAAUCCAUUCAGGCCAUUUGCCACCCCACAGACUAUAAACAAACAUGUGAACAAACCCUUACUGCUGCCGCUGGCAACAUUACCGACCCGAAAGGGCUCGUAAAACUCGCCUUCCAAAUUACUAGUGACCGAAUUCAACAAGCAUUGAAACGUUCCACUGUUCUUUUGAAUGCCGAGAAGGAUCCUUUGAGUGUUAGAGCUCUCAAGGAUUGCCGCGAAGUUUUCGGCUAUGCUGUUCAAGAUCUUCAAGAUACAAUUGAUCGCUUUAGUGACUUUGAUAUCACAAAGAUCGACGACAUGGUUGAUGAUAUUAAGGUGUGGCUUAGCGCCGUCGUGACUUAUCAAGAAAGUUGCCUUGAUGGCUUCUUGAACGUCACUUCCAACGCCGGCCAGUCGAUGGCCUCUGCGCUAAACAUUUCAAAACAAAUGACUAGCAAUGCAUUAGCCAUGGUAGACGGAUUGGGUUCGCUCAUUGGUUCAAUCAGCAUUCCGCAGUUCAACAGGAGACUUCUUGCUGAGGCGACUUCGGGAGAGUUCCCAUCCUGGUUGUCGGCUGGUGGUCGGAGUCUUCUUGGCGUGUCACCACUGCGUAUGAAGCCGGCCGUCACAGUCGCUAAGGAUGGCUCCGGUGACUUCAAAACCAUCAAUGAAGCACUCCAGGGAGUUCCAAGAAAAACCAAUACAAGUUACUAUGUGAUUUAUGUCAAGGAGGGAGUCUACAAUGAGUAUGUCGAAAUCAGCAAAGAUAUGAUCAAUGUGUUCAUGAUCGGUGAUGGGCAAACAAAAACAAGAAUUACUGGUCACAAGAACUAUGUUGAUGGAAUCACCACUUUCAAAACGGCUUCGAUGGCUGUAAUUGGGGAUGGAUUCCUUGCAAAAGAUAUCGGGAUCGAAAACACUGCCGGACCUGAAAAACACCAGGCAGUGGCGAUGAGAGUGAGCGGCGAUAGAUCAGUGUUCUACCAAUGCCAAAUGGAUGGUUAUCAAGAUACAUUGUACGCAUACGCAAAAAGACAGUUCUACCGGGACUGCACAAUCUCCGGCACGGUUGAUUUCAUAUUCGGUGACUCUCCAUCGGUCUUCCAAAACUGCAAGAUGGUAGUGAGGAGGCCAAUGGAUAACCAACAGAACAUUGUGACAGCGCAAGGGCGAAAGGAUCGCCAUCAGCCUUCCGGCAUUAUCAUCCACCAAUGCAAGAUUGUUGCUGACUCCGACCUCCACCCUGUGAGGCAAACAAUCAAGAGCUACCUUGGAAGGCCAUGGAAGCAGUACUCAAGAACUCUCAUCAUUCAGACUGAGAUCGACGACCUUAUCGCUCCCGAAGGGUGGCUACCUUGGGAGGGCGAUUUUGCUUUGAGAACUUGCUUGUAUGCAGAGUUGGAUAACUUUGGUGCUGGUGCAGGGAAGGAUAAGAGAGUGAAAUGGAGAGGUAUCAAGAAAGUAAACUACUCCGGAGCAAGGAAGUACUCUGUCGAAAGGUUCCUUCAAGGAAACAGGUGGUUGCCGGCAACCGGCGUGCCGUAUGUCGCUGAUCUUGUGCCGCAGUGAGGAAGGGCAACCAGAUCGA